AUGGAUACCUUCAUAUUCCCGUUCAACAAUGUUAGUGAUCUUGAACUGUGUAAUACUCUCCAUUAUACAACAUCCUUGGAUAACUUGGAAAAAGUAAAUUACUAUAAUUUCCCACCCAGUACCUCUGAUGUCACAAAUCAAACUGACCCAGACACAUUUCUCAGGUCUAAUUUAGGCCUCGAUAAUCCAGACUGCAAAUACUAUUUCAUUGAUUCUCAGCUUAGCAAUGUCCUCCAGCUGUCUAAAAAUGUGAUAUCUGUUAUGAGUCUAAACAUUAACAGCAUCCCUCUCCAUCUCGAUAUAUUCAUAGACCAAUGCUUACAUCCACUGAACUUCAACUUUGAUAUCUUGUCCUUCUGCGAAACAAAAUUAACUACAGAUAUACAACAUCUCUUUAAUGUACCUAAUUACAAUGCCUAUACCAACAAUUUAUCCCGCCAAAGUGGGGGUGUGGCCUUGUAUAAACGCAAAAUGGUCGGUGAGUCUACAUCUACACAAGUUUUAACGGAUCUAGAGAACUCCCUUAGAACAAACCACAUCGAGGAAGUUUACUUUAAAACAGCUUGUUAUGGAUUCAAUUUAGUUUUCGAAUAUCGAGAAGCCAUCGGUUAUAUUGCUCUUAGUCUUAAUCAUAGGAGUUUAAGGUUAGGCAAAGGCACACUAGUAAUCUUAGAGCUCUUAGCGGCCAUCUGUUUAGUGAAGGGAGGACAUGAAAUCAUUCUCAUUGCCUUCAGUAACUUCAAGGAUGUCUGCUCGGAGACACAACGUUUCCAGACACUCAUGAAUGACUUCUCAAACUAUGACUGUUUUUACAUUGAAUUCAUGGUGGCUUGUAUGCAGUUCAUCAACAUUGUGGAAAAACUAAGACACCAUGAGAGCAAAGAAUUACAGAUUCAGAUUUCUGCAUACCUCGAUAAUGUUUUCGACGUAGCUGCGCUCAUGGAAGACAGUGAAACGAAGAUAGCAGCACGGGAAAGGGUGGCAGAGCUGGAAGAUGAACUCUCACACGAGGAAGUGUCAACUCUACGAAGGGAAGUGAACCAGAAGAGCGGAGUCACGGCAAAGACAGUCGUUAUUGGAGAAGCAGAUUGUAGAACUCGAAACACUUGCUCGCUCAAAAUCUCAAAAAAAAAACAUGGCGAUAUCUUCGAUGGGGCAGGACCAGCUCUUCCCCCCCCACCUCUACUACCUCCCCCUAGGGUUGGGAUGGCCCCUGCUCCACCACCACCACCACUUCCAGGUACCGGUGGUUGCCCACCUGCACCUCCCAAGUUGCCGUUUGGUAUCAUGGGUGGCCCCAGACCCCCUCCACCCAUACCUCCAUCCAUGGCAUCUGCUGUCAUGUCUCCUCCUGACUCCAUGACCAUCAAGAAGGUCAACACCAAAUACAAUCUUCCGACGCUCAACUGGGUGGCAUUAAAGCCUAACCAGGUGAGAGGGACAAUCUUCAACGAACUAGACGACGAGAAGCUCUUUAACUGAAUAGACUUCUCUGACUUUGAAGAGCACUUUAAGAUUGGACAAGGAGGCCCGAGAUUGGCCAAUGGGGACGUUUCAGAGGUGGACGCACUCCAUGGAUUUGGGAGCAAGAGAUUCAAGAAGCCUGAAUUAACCUCCUUGAUGGAAGGCACACGGUUGCGAAAUAUUGCCAUCUCCAGGCGAAAACUGGAUCUGCCAUUUGACAUAGUUAGCAGAGCCAUCAAUUCGUUAGACUUAAAGACGCUGAGUGUAGAGAGUGUGAUGGCUCCUGAAGUGCUCAGCCAUACAGAUUAUAAGAGUGCUGGAUAUAACACAGAGAUGGCAUAG